UCUCUACUCUCCACAUCCCAUUUUGUGGCUGGUGCUCCUCUGGUGUGCUGUUAUGAACUCAAACGAUGCAGUUAAGACAAAACACGUUGUUGUUGGUACUGCAGUGGUGUGUACUUGUCUGCAGUGACCGGCUGCAGGAUGGAGACAUACAAGAGCAUCGCCUGCCCUGUGUCUCCAAUGAAACUACUGUUACAUGCAGCUUGUCUGAAGAGGCCCUAAAAGGGUUUCAGACAGUAAGGCUGGAGGUCCUGGUAGGACAGGUCGCUGAAAUUCACUUUACACCUUUGGGAAACAGUUCUGGAAAUUCUACUCCAUGCUUCUGGGCACAAAGGGAAACUGUGAGUAUGCUUCCAUUCCAGCUCUUUACAAGAGACAGGGGUGGAGUGUACCCUGCUGUGUGUAGCAGUGGUAGUUCCAACCACUCUGUGAACAUCUCAGUCCACAUAAUCUCACCAAACAAGGGUCCAACGAUUCCACGGAUACAAAUUAUUGAGAAACAAUUUCACACAGUUGACUUUAAAUGUGUUUCAAAGGGAAAUCCAAAACCAACAAUUAAAUGGUAUUCAGGAGACAAAUAUAUCAAUAAAGAAAAAAGUUGCACAGAAGAGAGAAAUGGGGGAGAAGAUGUGGUGGAGUGUCUGCUGGAGGGCUUUAAGUAUCAGAGUUCAAACACAAAGUGCUGUGCCACAAAUUUAAAGGGAGAGGAAUGCAGCCAGAUUUACCAUUACGAUCUUGGAAAUUCAAAGCAAAUCACUGAAGCUUCACAGGUUCUGUUGCAUCCUGGUCAGUCACUCGUUCUCCGCUGCACAAUAGAGCCACUGAAGCAUCGUUUGAAGUGGUACUUCAACAACACAGAGCUCAGAGGAGUGAGGUCAGACUAUUUUGAUUCAAAGAUUGAGUAUUUCUCAAUUGAAUCCGUUAAAGUGCAAGACAGUGGAAAGUAUGUUUGCAAAAGUGAAGAUGGCAAAACAAAGUCUACGCAGGUGUGGGUCCUUGAUAAGGACUUAAUUGAUAUUCUGGAGCUGAAGGAGAACAUCAUCAUUAAAGAGACAGAAAAAGACAAAUUCUGCGUCCAGGUUCAGGUGCGCUCUCACCCGAAAGCACAGUGUCACUGGAUCACACCAAAUGGGACCAAAGUGCAAUGCGAUGAAACUCAGCAUCUCUGGGGUAACAGUACAUAUAAACUGUGUAACCCAGAGCAAGGACAGUUUCAGAUACAGCUGAGAUCUGGACUGAAGUUAGUCACAAGGAAUAUGUCCUUCUGUGUGACAGAUACUCCUAAGGUCACCAUACAUCAACACCAAGACCAGGUUACCUGUAGAAUCAACAGCUUUCAACCUGAUUCCUUAUCCUGGAACCUGUGCCCAGAAGAUGCUGACUGUAACAGCUCUGCAUUGUGGAUUGAGAGACUUGAGGAACACAGACUGUAUCCAGAUUCAGGCCGGUUCUGCCAGAAGCACAUUGUCAUCUCUAAACCUUCCAAUGAACUAAAUGGCCAUUUUGUCAGAUGCUGCCUCACUACAUUGGAUGGUCAGCACUGCAGUGAAGCACAUCUAUUUAAAGCAACCAUAUACUCCACAAGACUAAUAGUGAUGUUCAGCAUGCUUGUGUUGUUCCUCUUGCUGGUCUGCCUGAACCUGGUCUAUUGCCUCCGCAAGAAAAAGCCUGGCUAUACAACCCAAAUGCAGAUGAUUCAAAUGCUGGGACCAUCGGACAAUGAUUACACCUAUAUUGACUUCAGGGAUUUCAAAUAUGACCAGAGAUGGGAGUUUCCCCGGGAAAACCUGGAGCUAGGUAAAGAGCUGGGAUCUGGGGCUUUUGGGAUGGUGGUGCAAGCUACUGCAUAUGGAAUCAGCAAGCCAGGAGUGUCUGUGCAGGUUGCAGUGAAAAUGCUAAAAGACAAACACCAGGCUGAGGAGAAGGAAGCCCUGAUGUCUGAACUGAAGAUGCUGACUCAUGUUGGGCACCACACCAACAUCGUGAACCUGCUGGGAGCUUGCACCAGCACAGGCCCCACAUACUUGAUAUUUCAGUACUGCUGUCAUGGAGACCUCCUGAACUACCUAAAGAACAACAGAGAGCAUUUUUACAAGUGCUUAGCCGAUGCCUUCAACAAGGACAGGUUCAGUGGCCUCUACCAGAACUUCCAGAGGAAGAGAAACUCCAGUCAGAUUGUUCAGUCUGAUGACAUUUCGUACAUGCACAUGUCUCCAGUGAUGAAGGAACGAGACGCACUGCUUUCCACCACUGACACGGACGUUAAUGAUGAACUAUUUGAAAGUGAAGACGAAGAACUGCAGACUCUCACCUACGACGACCUUCUGAGUUUUUCCUAUCAAGUCGCUAAAGGCAUGGAAUUUCUUUCUUCCAAGAGUUGCAUCCAUCGAGACCUGGCAGCCAGAAAUGUGUUAGUGACACGAGGCAGGCUGGUGAAGAUCGGAGACUUUGGUCUUGCGCGAGACAUUGAAAAUGAUUCUAAUUAUGUGGUGAGAGGAAAUGCACGUUUACCAGUGAAAUGGAUGGCUCCUGAGAGUAUUUUCAAGGGCAUUUACACCAUGCAGAGCGAUGUGUGGGCCUACGGCAUCCUGUUGUGGGAGAUAUUCUCUCUGGGUGUGACUCCAUAUCCUGGUGUAAAAGUGGAUAACACCUUCUAUACUAUGAUUGAAAGAGGCUUUAAGAUGGAGCAGCCCUACUACACCUCUGAAUCUGUGUAUAAGGUGAUGUGCCGAUGUUGGGCCCUGGAGCCUAAAGACCGCCCCUCUUUCUCCAAGCUGGUUUCUUUCAUGGAAUGCCAGCUGACUGAUGUUGAAGAACAGCUCUACUACAACACUGGAGGGCAGCAGAACAGUGAUUCUAUUUACAAGAACACAUCAGUGACUUUGGAGCUUGUUGAAAUGGUUCAAGAACAAGAUGCCUGUCACCCGUCACCAGUGGACUCAUCCAGCAAGCCUGAAACAACUGAAGAGGACACAGUCAGAGACGAAGCUGAAACAAACGAAACAGGGACUUACUUUUAAAUUUCAUGUUUAAGCUAGACUCAGAGAAGCCAUAACACUGCAGAAUUUCAGUAUACACAUUAUUCUUUGUUCAUUUUAAGAGGCAUGUAUACUGCAAAAAAGAAAUGUACUAUUUUUCUUAAAUAUAAAUGUAGUAUGCAAACAUUGUUAAAGCUGCAAAACAUCCAAUUCUCUCCCACUUUGUCUGACACUGUUAUGAGAAUUCCUGACAGGGACUUUAAGUGAAUAUCAUUGGUCAUUAUAAGGCUAAUGAGCUAAGGCUAAGAACACACAGCAGAGGGCAGCACUAUGCAGGGUUUUACUGAACAUGGGGCUGGAUCAAAGGAGGAUCUGAGAAAGGUUUUUUCUUUACUGUAAUAUGUUGUUUUCCUUAAAUCUAAUGCAAACCUUUACAGCAGUGUCAUCUUUGUAUUUAUUCAAUACUUAAAAAGUUUAAAACUCACUUUCAUUCAUUUUCACAGAUUAUUGGUAUAUGUAUUGACUGUGUAGCAUCUUUCAAAAAUGUUUAUGAAAUGAACUUGUCUAACUUGUCUCACAGUGUAAUCUUCAAAUAUCUAGCUUUAAUUUCUCAAACUGUUUACUAUUAUUUUAAAAAGUUUUUAAUAUAUAUUAAUGUUUCUUCAUUUUUUUUCAAUAACCUGAACUGUGCACUGACUUCAAAUUGAUAAACUCUAGGUAUUGUUUCCCAUCACAUAUUUUGUUCAUUCUAAAGUAUCCUCACAGAUUGAUAUUUUUAAGAACCUUGUAUGGAUUUUCAAAAAAAAAGGAAACUCUUUUAUUUGAAUUGAAAUGAUGAGAUCAGACUGAUAAGGAUCCUAAAAGGAAUGACCAGCUUUAGACAAAUGUUUAGCUUUAAUGCAUAGUCAUUAAUAUUACAGAAUGUUUAGGUAAAUGUUUUUAUCUGAAGUUUAUUCAUGCAUUAAACAAUGCAGCUUAUCCAUUUUCUGUAUUCCAUUCUGUAACCCUCUACAGUUAAAUUCUGAAUUACUAAUCCAUAAUUCUGCACUGAAUAAACAUUUAUGUAUAGACAUUGAAAGAUACAUUAAGAUGUUGUAUAUCAGCAUAAGUUCACAUUUUUUGUAUUUUAUUUAAAUAAACUGGUAGUAGCUUGCAAAUUUGAAAA